AUGGUUCUCGCCGAUUUAGGGCGGCGGAUCAAUUCCGCCGUUCAGGACCUCACACGCUCAAAUCUAGUCGAUGAGAAGGCUUUCGAUAGCAUGAUCAAAGAGAUUGGCAACGCCCUCGUCGAAGCUGAUGUCAACGUGAAACUCGUCGCCAACCUACGUAAAUCCAUCCGACAAACCGUAAACUUCAAAGAUCUCGGCCAGGGCGUCAACAAGAAGAGGAUAAUCCAAAAAGCGGUCUUCGAUGAAUUAUGUAGACUGGUGGACUCGCAUUCGGAACCUUACAAGCCGAAGAAAGGAAAGACGAAUGUUAUCAUGUUUGUGGGGUUACAAGGUUCCGGAAAGACGACGACAUGUACAAAACUGGCAAGAUGGUAUAAUGCACGAGGGUUUAAGGCUUGCUUAGUGUGUGCCGAUACGUUCAGAGCCGGUGCCUUUGAUCAGCUGAAACAGAAUGCAACCAAGGCCAAAGUACCAUAUUACGGAUCGUACACAGAGACAGAUCCUGUAAAAGUGGCGAAGGCUGGUGUGGACAAGUUCAAGAAAGAGCGAUUCGAGAUUAUCAUAGUAGAUACUUCUGGAAGACAUCGCCAAGAAACAGAACUGUUCGCGGAAAUGGUGCAGAUACAAGAGGCUGUGAGACCGGAUCAAACUAUCAUGGUGCUGGACGCGAGUAUUGGACAGCAGGCAGAGGCACAGAGUAAGGCGUUCAAAGAGAGUGCAGAUUUCGGAGCCAUCGUUAUUACAAAAACGGAUGGUAACGCCGCAGGUGGUGGUGCUAUAUCUGCCGUCGCUGCAACAAAAACACCGAUUGUAUUCAUUGGUACCGGUGAGCAUAUACUAGACAUGGAAAAGUUCGAGCCCCAGAGGUAUAUCUCGAAAUUGCUAGGCAUGGGUGAUAUGCAAGGCUUGGUAGAACAUGUUCAGUCGUUAAAAUUGGAUCAAAAAGAUACAAUGAAGCAUAUUGCUGAGGGUCUAUUCACCGUACGUGAUCUCCGAGAUCAAUUAAACAAUAUCAUGAAAAUGGGCCCGCUCUCAAAAAUGGCAGGCAUGAUCCCCGGUUUAUCAAACCUGAUGGGCGAUGUUGGAGACGAGGAAGGAAGCAUGAAAUUGAAGCGGAUGAUGUACAUCAUGGACAGCAUGACAACAAAAGAGCUGGAUUCGGACGGGAAGGUGUUUGUGCAGCAACCUGAACGCAUGACGAGAAUCGCGCGUGGAUCUGGUACAUCGGUCAGAGAAGUAGAGGAUGUUUUAACACAGCACAAGAUGAUGGCACAGAUGGCAAAGAAGAUGAAGGGGGGCAUGAAGGCAAUGCAACAAGGAGGCAUGGGAAGAGGAGCACCGAAUCCUCAGCAACUCGCUGCGAUGCAAAAGAGGAUGCAAGCUAUGGGAGCCGGUGGGGCGGGGCCGGGGGGUAUGGAUAUGGCAUCUAUGAUGCGGGCACUAGGUGGUGGUGCCGGAGGUGCCGGAGGCAUGGAUAUGAACAAGAUGAUGUCACAAAUGGCAUCGAUGUUCGGAGGCGGUGGGCCUCGACGUUAG